GCAAGGGGGCAAUUGAAGUCUGGUGUACAACCAAACUUAUACUGUAGAUCUACAGAGACAUCAUGAGAGUCACUGCAGCCGUCCUACUGGUCCUCUGUCUCCUGGCCGUCAGUCAUGCAUGGGACUGUCAGGAGGUAGUAAACAUCAAGAAUCUGAUGCAGAUCGAUGCAGGACUGGGGCAAGUAGUUGCUACGGACACAAGUCAARUCCCCUACUACCUGGUAGGUGAUAAAUGGAUCCGCCUGCCUGAGCGGAUCCGCCUGCCUGGUUCCCUGAAGCAUAUCACUGUAGGACCAGCAGGGAUCUGGGGUGUCAACAAGGCAGACUCAAUCUACAAGUAUGUGGCCAGUAACUGGGUGCAAGCUGCAGGCCUUCUGAAACAGUUGGAUGCUGGAGGUGAACAGUUUAUUGUSGGGGCCAACAUGGACGAUACUCCAUACUGUCUGACACGUAGUGCCACAGUUGGCUACAAGGGACCUGACUCACCCCUUCCAUGGACAGGAUUGCCAGGAAGUGUGAAGUACUACAGUUGUGGACCCUUUGGGUGCUGGGCAGUCAACAAGAAUGAUGAUAUCUUCUUAAUGAGUCUGAAUCUAGACUGCCAAAACAACGGAUGGAGUCACAUUGAAGGCAAGCUUUCCAUGAUUGAGGUGGCAACUGAUGGUAGUGUCUUUGGGGUCAACUCUGUGGGUGAUGUUUUUACCARAGACGGCAUCACAGCCAGUAAACCAGAGGGCACYGGAUGGAGCAAUAUCCCAAUGUGUUUGCGCAUGGGCCACGUGACCUACGACCUUGGCCGUCUUUGGGUCGUCUCCAAGUCUGGCGUCACCAUGGUGUGCACACAUUAGCCUCUCCUCUGCAUCUGAUGGCUGUUCGGGAUCUGUCUAAAGUUCACUUGCUAACUCAUUGAUGUCUCUUUCUGGAACAGUCUUCUGCUUGAGAAUGCCCAACAUUAGUUCAUAAGAAUCCUUCAUUCUAAAACCUACUACUCUACCUAUACUUUUCAGUACUUUAUCUCUGUCAAUAGUAAUCCCUGAUCUUAAUGAUCUUGCUCACCAGCCACAUGGGUUUUGCUGUGCUUCAGAGGUCAUUCAUAGAGAUGGAUGGAAUCCUUUUCAAUGAUUAUUAUGUCAUUAUAUAAUCAUUUCCCGCUAAAAUAAAGCAUUCAGUUUGAAGCUAUUGUAA